AUGAUCUCCUCUCCUCCCGUCUGGAUCGAGAUCGAGGCAGCGAGCCCCGACCACCUCGCCGUCGCCCCUCGCCACCUCACAGGCGCCCGCCUCCCCGUCUCCUCCCGCACGGCGCGCCCCGACCCUGCGCCUGCCCCUGACGUCGCCGCCUCCCCGAUUCCGUCGCCAGACUGCCCCGCCCCGCCUCUCCAUCGUCGGUCGUCGCCUCGUCCUCGCCCCGCCGUUGCCGGACCACCCCAAGCCGCCUCGAGCCCACUGCCCCCUCCCUACAGCUUCGCGGUGAGCCGCCGCGCCGGUUGCGCCUCCCCUCUCCUCCCCCCUCUCUGCUCCCGUACUCCGCCAUGCGCACCGCGCGACCCGGCCACGCUCGAUGCGCACGCCCGCGCAACGCCGUCCCCGCCCUGGUGCCGUGCUACUCCUGCGCCGCUCGCCCGAGACCCCCUUGCUGCUGCUCUGCACAGCCCCCUGGCCGCGCUCACGCCCCCUCUGCUCCGCCCGCCACGGAUCCGUUCGCCCCGUCGGUGCCCUCGCCCGCCCCGCGCGCCGUACCCCCCUCGCCGGAGCUCCCCUGCCGCCCCGCAGCGCCCGGUCGGGUGCGCCUCUGUUCGGGCUGGCGCCCAUGCGCCCGCUGCCCGGCACCCGUGCACCCAGCGCCCGUUAAGGCCAUGA